GUUUAAUAAAUACAAAUACACGGGCCAUGCGUUACGUGGCGCCUGUGGCGCCUUCGCCCGCCUCCACGAGAUUCAGGUUUAAAGUCACCUGAGAUAAUAUUUUCAAGUUCAUUUUCGAUGUCUUUAAUUCGGCCAUGUGCCGUUGCUUUUCGUAGCUAAACAGCCAGCGUCAGAUCCGUUUUGAUUGAUUGAGGGGAAGAAAAAUCGAAAGACUACCUUAGGUAGUAUAUCUAGCUCGGUCGACUCGCCUCGUUCAAAGCGCUGAUUCUAUCAUAGAACUUGGUUUUGAUAACCUUGAAUCGUCACAAUCGAAACUUUUGCAAGUUACGUCGGAUUUGCGCUCGAUAUCAUGACUACGCACAAUAUAAUGCCAAGACCGGGAGAUGCUAGCUACCAGCCAUAUAACGAGGAAGAGGAGUGGGCACUCGAUGAUGCUCAAGAGAGGCUACGUGCGCAUCAUAGCAGUAAUAGCGGCCAGCAACACCAUUACCUCGGCACGCCCGUAAUCGGGAACCCUGGACCCUCUCUACCGGUUGCGCCGGUUUCUCUUCCUUAUCCAAUUAUCAUCCCCCAGCGGCGGCCCGGACAACGUGCCCGCGGGUUCAUCAGAGCCUACGCUCCCGAUUUAAUGGGCUGUGGCAUUGACGAGCCUAUGUUUAUGGGUUUUCUCGACGAGCUCGAUAAAGCGACGGCGUCUUCUCCGUUAGUAGGCGCUAUCAACCUCGCUUCAGAUAUGGCCGGUUUCAUUCCAUCCGCCCUAGGACCUACUGUUAAAAUAGCUGUCCGAGUAUACCAGGAGUUGCGGAGUCGUAAGAAUCAAAACGCGUUCCUUUUGAAGAUGAACGACGAGCUUUUCCGACCGCGUGGCCUAUACUGCUUCAUCAUGGCAUACAAUCCGGAAUCCAAUAACACUCUAAUACAGCAAGAUCUCAAUGCCGGAACCAGUAGCCAGGCUAAUAGUCGCAGUGAAUUUCGAAGUCAUGAUGGGAUAACGGGUCCGAUUGAGUUCCCGGCUUCCGCAGAAUUGGUCUUCCCUGAUUUAGAGGACACGUCUAGCGACGACGACGACGAGGGUGAAGGCGGUACGAAGAGCGGCUUUUCAAAGGUGUUUGAUUUUUUCAACGAGCGCAGAGAUAUUAAGGCUCAAAGGAGAUACCUGAGAAAGAACCCUACCGGUGCCCUCAAUCCCCUGAUGGAUCCAAAAGUUGAACUUACGCCAAAAGACCAUAAGAAGCAGCAGCGUAGGCUCGAUAAAGACGAGCGCAAGCGCGAGAAGCACGAACGAAAGCGAGAAAAACGGGCGCGCAAACACCCUGAAAGAGCUGAGAAGGGACCACGCAAGCGAUUGCUACGAAAGGAUAUAUUAUAUAUGAUGAUAAUCAAUAUGCCAUCGAUACAGGAGAUGGAGGAUGCGGCUAGAUUGGUAGAGAACCCACCUACAUAUGUAGAAAUCUUCACUGUUAGGAAAAGGCAAGUCGCAAAUAGAGAGGGUUAUAGAUCGAAGAUAACGGGGAUAAACUAUUAAGAUUAUAAUGCAAUCUUCCCAUAGUAACUUGCCUUAUAACGUAUAAUUGAUACGAUGCAGCUCAAUGACAU